CAGGUGAUCCCUCUGUCUCUGAGCCAGAAUUAUGGGAUUGUUUGACAAGCUAGCGGGAUGGCUUGGGCUGAAGAAGAAAGAGGUUCACGUUUUGUGCCUUGGCUUGGACAAUAGCGGCAAAACAACAAUCAUAAAUAAACUUAAACCUUCAAAUGCUCAAGCUCAGGACAUCGUUCCAACAAUAGGAUUCAGUAUAGAGAAAUUCAAGACAUCAAGUUUGUCUUUCACGGUGUUUGAUAUGUCAGGUCAAGGGAGAUACAGAAACCUCUGGGAACAUUACUACAAAGAAGGCCAAGCCAUUAUUUUUGUCAUUGAUAGCAGUGACAAAUUAAGAAUGGUUGUGGCCAAAGAAGAACUUGACACCCUUCUGAAUCAUCCAGAUAUUAAGCACCGUCGACUGCCUAUCCUCUUCUUUGCUAACAAGAUGGACCUCAGGGAUGCAAUAUCAUCUGUGAAAGUAUCUCAGUUACUGUCGUUAGAAAACAUCAAAGACAAGCCCUGGCAUAUCUGUGCUAGUGAUGCUCUUAAAGGAGAAGGAUUACAAGAAGGUGUGGAUUGGCUCCAAGAUCAAAUUACACAAUCAGAUCCAAGCAAUGAAGACAUGAGAGAUAAAUAGAAGAUGUAUGGCGUUCUGUUACAAACUUUGUCAGUAGUUGUACAAGUUCCUUGGAAGGGAAGAAUGAUUUAAAGAAAAUGAACAGUUCAGCUAAAAUGUACUGUGUUGAUUUGUUUCCUUUUAGUAUCACUUCCAGGAAAACUGGAUGUAGAUAACAUAGCACCUCAAGUAUGCAAACCGAUGAAUCGUGACGGGAGAGCAU